UUCCAGAAAUAACACAUACCCUGUAGCGUAACGAGAAUCUUGUUUUGUGAAUUCAAUUUAAUUUCCGUUAUAGGUUUCUUCGUAAAGCUAUCUUUCAUUUCGCGUUGUUCAUACACAACGUUUCCUGAAGAAUUUGUUAGACACAAGACUCUUGGAUUCUUUUACGAACCUUCUUCAUGUUGUAUUGGCGAUUUUUUCCGCUCUAACGUUUGUAAAUUGCCAUUGUUAUAAGUGAUGUACAAAUAAUUGUCUAAGGUCAGCAAAAAGGCCAGAGAGCGUUAAGAGGUCGAUGUACCUAGUUCAAAUACACACUCUGGACGUAGUUUGGAUGAAGGUAAAACCUGUUCAACUGUAAAAGUCUUUGGCAUGCUCAAUUUCCUACGAGGGGACGUGCCAGUAUGGACAUUACAGGACGUCAGACACAACGAAGCGAACGUUACGUGUUGCGGCCGCGUUUAAUGAAGGGGAGGUCGGUUAUAAAGACGAACUAGCGUGUCUUGAGUCGCUUUCACUAUCGAAUUAAGGAACAAAGGGUAAUAAUAUUAUAAAGAGGUUUGUCUAUCGAAAGUGAACAUGUGAAUAUAAAACGGAAACAAAAUGAAUCAAGGCGAAUUUCUAUGGUAAACAAGUAUGUACAGAUACGUAGACUUUCAGUUGCAAACUGUGCAUGUUCCACGCGUUAGUUUUGACUGAACGAAUUCCUUCAUCCAGCCGUACGGAAAGCAUCAAUGCGGUAUAGAAAAUCAUGAAGGCCAUAGACCAUCCCUGAUCCAUCCUUUCUUCAAAAUGGGAAUCUUGCGAAUGUGAUUAGUCAAAAAGUGCCCAUUUGUUUCAUUGCUUACCAAAACACUCAGUUUCAUUGGCUUCUUUAAUGGACGCAACUUGCGCGUCAAAUUGUCGUAGACGUGUAAAUAUGCACUUUCUGGAAUAGGAACGCAUUCAGGACGCAUCACAUUGUGCUGAAGAGCGUCUUCUGACGGUUGUAGCCAGCGUUCCCUUUGCUUUUCCCAAGCUGAUUGGGAACUACGUGGAACUGCUUCCUCCACGGUCAUUUUACCAAAGGAACCGUACACGACUGGCUUUGGGGGGUCUACAAAUUUCGCGUUAUCUGGUCCUACGACGCAUAAAUACAAGACUGGGCUUUUUCACGGCCGUUUGGUGGGAAGCUGAAGGUCGUUCGUAAGAACACAAACCACAAGCGGAUCUUUUUCCACCAGAGUUAUAUUGACCGGGGGGGUGCUAAAGAAUUGCUUAGAAGGGUAUUUUAGUACCAUUCAUGGUUCAUCUAGUACGUUCUAUCCACAAAAAGCGGAAAAACUUGUGUAACACUAUUCAAUGAAGAUCGCGAAUAGCUCCCGCCUAGAUACUACUAGCUUAUUGGCAUCAGACUCUUUGUGGAGAUACGUUUUGGGCCUCUUAUACCUGUUUUCCUCGGGCGUUUCUCUAUCAGCCUUCACUGCCAAGUAUAUCAUUCGUCCAAGAUGGUUUCAAAUGAUGGCCGUGUGCUCGUACAUGCAGAAGCAUGGGCUCGGCGGCUUUACUAGCUUACAGAACAUCCUCAACAUACAACAGCAAGGGCUACAAGCCGCUAACCAUCGGCUCCAAGAAAUUCGCACAAAUAGACAGAGAUGUCAGGAUCAACUCUCGCGGUUAAGGAAAGCAGCGGAGGAACACGGUCGUACAAGUGCGAACCAAGUAUCAUUAAGUACCAGUGUACAGGCUCUGAAAGACGUAGUCAACAUGGAAUGCUCAAGCUUCACUCGGCAACGAGAACCAUUUUCCUCGUCUGACGAUAACCAGCUCCAAUUUUGUAGCGAGCUGCGACGUCUGCAGAAGACACCAAUGAGCACCGUAUGAGAAGUAUGGCACCAUCGUCUUGAAGACUGUUUGCUAAAAGAAUCCAAGUUACUAAACACCCACAAGCGAACGGUAGUUGGGAGAAGCAUUUUCGUAAUCCUUAAUCAAGUAUUUUUCGCGGUUCGCAAACAAGAUAACUAUACAUUCAGAUUAGUCACACGCACUUGGGAGCGAAAGUA